GGUUCAUAUGGGAUGUAAUCUCAAGGAGAUUGUUGGGUUUCAUGGUUUAUGUGGAACAAAACCAGAGGUUUCUGAAAGGGCAGAUCUAAUUUGGGUCACAUUUUCAAGCACGAGGACCCGAUUAAAAACUCGGAAGCAAACGAAUGACGAGAUUUGGGAUUUCAACAAGGAUGAUAGAGGGGUUCCGUUUGGAGUUGGUCGACAAUCAGGGGAAGGAGCGAAGGUGCGAGGGUCUGGCUCCACUUCUCGGGAAUCCCUUUUCGAGCUUGGGGCGAUAACUGGUGGGACAGACAUAGCUCAUCUACUCUUCUCCGAUGAUAGACAGAGCUUAAUUCGAUCUCAGUUUAAAGGGAAAAUCAAUCAAGCAUCUCCGGACCUAAAUGGUUAUCAACGUUACAUCUCGGUGGAUAAUGUGGUGAUUAAUUUGGGGCUAGCUGUGUGUGAUUUGAGGAAUCAAAUGAUUACGAGAUCUAUGUGGUUUCAGGGGAGACAACUAUGGCAAGGUGUUGUUCAGACUGGAAGUGAAAGCAUCAGGGGCAAGGCUAAGCAGGCCCUGAGAUUGAAGACUAUUGUCCUUAGGUUUGAUAAUACGGAGCUGAUCACUGGAUACACACGCACUCAUAUUGGGAGGUGUAUGAACCCUGGGAUCCAGGAUAUAAAUUCACUUAUGCUCAUGCUUCCACAGAUCUGGAAAGUGGAGGACAGGGUGGCUGGAGCGGAUCUUGGCAUGGGCCACUUCCAAUUUGAUUUUGACGAGGAAGAUGAUAUCACUGCAGUGCUCAAAUGGAGCCAUACCAUUUUGAUGGAUGGAUGGUGGUGCUGGUUCGAUGGGAGCCACCGAUGGAGCCAAAUUACCCAUCCACUCUUACCUUUUGGGUGCCCGGGGGGGGGGACGGGGGUUGAGACAAUAGUAUUGCUCCACUAUGAGAGGCUACACGGGUUUUUCAGAGAGCGUUUCAGUCUUUGUCACGAGUCAGCUUGCUGUCCUUUGCUGUACCCGAAGAGAGAAAGGGCAAUUGAAAGCCAUUUUAAGGAAGAUAAGGAAGAUGAGGGAAAUAGUGGUGGUACGAGCUACAAAGGGGCUCUCCAAGGCAAAGAGGUAGCUGCUGGGCCAACUGCAGAGAUGAAACAAACUGUUGGGGAUUCUCACAAAGGGAAGGGGAAGGUUACCGAGAACAGAGAAGAGAAUGCAUCAGGAUGUAAUCCAAAUAGCCUUACACAACCUUCAGCAAAAAAGGUGCGCAAGGAACUAGCCUUUGAUGAGGUAGGGCUCGAGAUGGAUGAUUUGGGGCAAAUGAUUGAUCAAGUCAUCAUGGCAAAUUCGUUAGAUGCGACGUUGGAUGAAACGAAGGUAUGGUUGGCGUGCGGUGUGAUAUUGGUUACUCUAGAGGAAUCUGGUAAUGAUCAAAAUGUUAUUAAACCUCCAUCUAAAGCUGGGGUGAAAAAGAAACUCUUCAAAGGAUCAUUGGCACUAGGGGGUGGAUCAAGGAAGUUGAUGCAUGUUGUCACUCCAAGGAAGAAAGGGAUUACUGCGGAUCCAAAAAAAGGAGGAGAA